AUGAAGCUGCUUCUCCUGAUCGGCUUCUUGAUAUGUCGUGCCUCGGCCGAUAUCUUCUCGUCGAUGGCCACAAUGAAGGCACUUGUUGGAGCCGAAAAAGAUAUACCAGUAAUGAUCAACGCUUACAUUGAGAGGGAAAUGGAACGACUCGAAUAUCUUCGCAGAUUUGCGGAUGAUGUUCAGCAACGUAACGACAACGCAAUCGCCGAUGGUGAAGAGUCGAUAACACAUCCAAUUAACGCAUUCUUGCUGAUCAAAGAGAUGACCACUGACUGGAGAAAAGUNAAUUCAGCCGAAGAGUUCAUUCGUAACGCUACACAUCAAAGAAUCAUGAAACAUAUCAGAUAUCCCACUGAUGAAGAUCUUGCUGGAGCAGCCAUAGGUUUGCUGCGUCUUCAAGACACCUAUCGAAUGGACACAACAGAUAUUGCUAACGGCAAAAUUCUGAAUUCGCGUAUGCGAACCGUUUCGCUGACUGCACAUGACUGCUUUGAGAUUGGACGUAUCGCUUACAAUGACUACGACUAUUAUCAUACGAUUUUGUGGAUGCAAGAAGCGAAAGAUCGAGUUGAAAAGGAAGACGUGCCAACUGCAAAUUAUGAAGAUAUUCUCGAAUUCCUCGCAUUUGCACUCUACAAACAAGGCAAUCUGAAGAGAGCACUUCAACUCACUGAUAAACUGGUCAGAAUGUCGCCACAACAUCCACGUGCGAGAGGAAAUCUGCGAUGGUAUGAAGAUUUGUUGGAAGACGAAGGAGUGCGACGUGUUGAUAUGCGAAGGAAUAUUCCACCACUGUCGAAUCCAAGACAUGACGGAGGACUUGAACACACCGAAAGGGACAUUUAUGAGGCGCUUUGCCGUCAUGAAAUACCUGUGAGUACAAAGGCACUGUCCCGAUUGUACUGCUACUACAAAAUGGAUCGGCCAUAUCUGCGUCUGGCGCCGAUCAAGGUGGAAAUCAUGCGUUUCAAUCCAUUAGCUGUGCUCUUCCAUCAGAUCAUGUCCGACGAAGAGUCUCGUGUCAUCGAAAUGCUUGCCGUACCCAAGCUGAAUCGUGCAACUGUUCAGAAUGCAGUGACCGGUAGCCUGGAAACAGCAAACUACCGAAUCAGUAAGAGGUAUUUCAACUACUAG